CGGUCUUUUCGAUACCGAGUCCCCGCAAAAACGCACUUUGGACCAAAUCGUUGGUACGAGUUGAAACGAAUAAACUUAAGGCACUGAGACGCUUCUACUUCAGUGUUACUCUGGCUCUCCGGCAUCCUUUGUCACACAUUCCAAUUAUCUCGACGAUUCUAUCUGCUGGAAUCAUCCCCCUAUCGAGACUAACAUUUUUGGUUGAGGUGAACGAGAGAAUAUAGGCGAAAUCAUGGAUCUUUAGCCGAGCCAGAAACAGCGGAAUCAGUGAUUUUUUUUUUCAAUUAACCGAUUAUUUAUGGUGUUGAGGGAAACUUGGCCACUGGAAUUUUAUUUCAAUAGAGACAUUAAUUUUGGCUUUUGCAAAAUGUCUUCAGAAACACGGACGUACACUUCCAACGGAAGUAUGAUUGUCGUGAGCAACAGGUUACCCUUCGUACUGAAGAGAAAUGAAGAUUCGGGACAGUUGGAACGCAAAGCAAGUGCUGGCGGGCUUGUUACUGCUGUUGCACCGGUAGUAAUAAGUGGGAAUGGCCUGUGGGUGGGAUGGCCGGGUGUGCACAUGGAUAAUCCGAAUGAACCUAUUCCGGAGUCUGACCCUAAUGACAAGACGCCAACUGCUGGAUUGCUGUCGAGCAAGGUGGUAGCGGUGCACGUAGAGCCGGACAUUUUCGACGCUUACUACAAUGGCUGCUGCAACGGUACCUUCUGGCCGCUGUUCCACUCGAUGCCGGACCGCGCGACCUUCAUCGCGGAGCAUUGGCGUGCCUACGUGGCCGUCAACAAGGAGUUCGCAGCGAAGACAGUCCGCGCUCUGGAGAAGGUCCACGAGGAGCAAACCAAGCAGACGAACGGCACACCUUUGGUCUGGGUUCACGACUACCACCUCAUGCUGGCAGCCAACUGGAUAAGACAAGCCGCCGACGAGAAGGACCUCAAACUGAAGCUCGGCUUCUUCCUCCACAUUCCCUUCCCACCCUGGGACAUCUUCCGGCUGUUCCCAUGGGCGGACGAGAUCCUACAGGGAAUGCUGGGCUGUGACAUGGUGGGCUUCCACAUCCAGGACUACUGUCUUAACUUCGUUGACUGCUGUCAGAGGUGUCUCGGUUGUCGAGUCGACAGGAAGAAUCUUCUGGUCGAUCACGGCGGCAGAACUGUCAGGGUUCGACCCCUUCCCAUCGGCAUUCCCUUCGACAGAUUCGUGUCUCUGGCUGAGCAGGCGCCCAAAGUCAUCAUGACAAAUCAGAAGAUUGUUCUGGGGGUUGAUCGGCUGGACUACACCAAGGGCCUCGUCCAUCGGCUGAAGGCCUUCGAGAUGCUGCUGGAGAAACAUCCCGAGCAUCGGGAGCAGGUCACCAUGCUCCAGAUCGCUGUGCCCUCCAGGACCGAUGUCCGGGAGUAUCAGGAGCUCAAACUGGAGAUGGACCAGCUGAUCGGCUCCAUCAACGGCAGGUUCACCACACCGAAUUGGUCCCCCAUCAGGUACAUCUACGGGUGCGUCAGCCAGGACGAGCUUGCCGCUUUCUACAGGGACGCAGCGGUGGCUCUUGUGACGCCGUUGAGGGACGGUAUGAAUCUUGUGGCCAAAGAGUUUGUCGCUUGUCAGAUCAAUACACCACCUGGGGUGCUAAUUGUGUCCCCCUUCGCUGGGGCCGGGGAGAUGAUGCACGAGGCACUUAUCUGUAAUCCUUAUGAGAUCGAUGAUGCUGCUGAGGUCAUCCAUAGAGCCCUGACAAUGCCGGAAGACGAGCGCACCCUCCGAAUGAACCACCUGAGACGUCGGGAGCGUCUCUACGACGUCAACUACUGGAUGAAGUCCUUCCUCCAGGUGAUGGGCUCCCUGGAGGAGAGGGACUCAGUCGGCGCGACAGUAAUGCAGCCAGUCACCAUGGACGACUUUGACGAUUACUUAAGCAAGUACAUCGGUGACAAUCACAAAUUGGCAUUGCUACUUGAUUACGAUGGUACAUUGGCGCCAAUUGCCACCCAUCCGGAUCUUGCUAUACUUCCGUUGGAGACCAAGAAUGUUCUUCAGAGGUUGAGCAACAUGUCCGAUGUUUACAUUGCCAUUGUCUCCGGGAGGAAUGUCAGUAAUGUCAAGAGUAUGGUGGGAAUCGAGGGGAUUACCUACGCGGGUAAUCAUGGUCUGGAGAUUCUCCAUCCUGACGGGAGUAAGUUUGUUCAUCCCAUGCCGGCGGAACUUGAGGGCAAAGUUGGCAGUCUCAUGCAAGCACUGCAGGACCAGGUACUGUGCAAGGAUGGCGCUUGGGUGGAGAACAAGGGGGCUCUCCUUACCUUCCAUUAUCGAGAGACACCUAUGGAGGGCAGACCGAAGAUGAUUGAACACGCUAAGAGACUGAUUGAGGAGGCAGGCUUCAAACCCUGUCCUGCACAUUGCGCCCUGGAAGCCAAGCCACCGGUCGAGUGGAACAAGGGACGGGCGUCUAUUUAUAUUUUACGAACCGCUUUUGGAUUGGACUGGAGCGAGAGGAUCAGAAUUAUAUAUGCUGGGGAUGAUGUCACUGAUGAGGAUGCUAUGAAGGCAUUGAAAGGUAUGGCAGCGACUUUCCGAGUAGCAUCAUCCCACAUAAUCCGUACCUCAGCUGAAAGAAGACUGCCAAGUACAGAUUCAGUCCUAACAAUGUUAAAAUGGGUUGAACGACACUUGAGCAGACGCAAGCCGAGAAGUACGAACAAUGAGAUAUCACACAGGUACAGACGUAGCAGUGGUGGAAUCACAAUGGAGAUGUCCUUCACCGAGCCACAAUCCCUCGCUUCCUAAUUGUCGUCAUGUGGAAUCAGAAUCCCGAUAGAUGUUACGAGUUAUUCCUUAAUAUGAGUGUUUAGAGUGUGAGUGGAUUUAAGAGACUGCUGUUGAAACAAUCUUCAAUCUUUUCCUUUCCAUCGAUGCACCCAAGAGCGGGUCUUAUUGGGACUGAAAUAAUUAACGAAUUUAUUUUCACGUGCCCAUGGGCCUCGAGAGUUUAUUUUUUUAGAUUUUGCGUCAAAACGACUGCGGUCGAUCAUGAAUCCCCUCAGUUAUAGUAUUUAGGCGUAGUUGUAGAAUUCGUAUCGCUCAACGUAAUGAGAAAAUAGAAAAUAGGAGCCUCUGAUUAAAAAAAAGUCUGGAAAUUAUUCUUUUCUAAAGAAAUGCAAUCUUGUUUUUAGAUAGUGGAUUAAUUAGAAAUCUCACCGCAGUGGAGAAAAUAUGGGACUCAAUAAAGUGGAUGAAUAAUAUGUGAAAACAGAUAUUUGAUACGAACUUUGAAACAAUUUUUCUACGAAUAUUUUCCAACAAACUAAAAUGUUUUGUUAAAAUCAUGUUAUUUUUUUUUUUUUUUUCAUUAAAAAAUUCCCAAUCAUGAGUCAUGUCAAGCAGUUAGUCAUUAAUAAAACGUAAUGUUAUCACUCAGAUGAUGAAAAUCAAUUAUAAAUUCAUGUUGAUACCAUUGUAAUACGUACAACAAUAAUGUACUUAUUCGAUGGGAAGAGUAUUUUUGUAUGAAGAGAGCGUGUGAGUGGAUGAAAUAUAAUUUUUCGCAAUUAUCAAUAUUGAUUUGUGAACAUUAUUCACGAGAUUAUUCGUUCCAUAUCACUGCGGAAUCCUUAGUAUUCAAUACGCAUUAAAAAAAGAUCCAUAUCCCUGAGAAGUGAAUCCUUCUACACUUUUUGGAUAACUCAAGCAAUGAAAUAAAUAACAUCAUAUUUAUUAGUCGUUAUUGUCAAUCAUUCGUGAAUUAGAACAAAUAAAGUAAUGAAUUGAAGUGGAAUAAUGGUCAGAUAAAUCCAAAAACUCGUUCAUGUUAUACUCCGAAAUGUACAAAUAAACCAAAGCAUGAGUUACUGCAUGUCAAAUUAAUUUGUAAAUUUUGUACAAGCCCUUUAUCCAUGGAAAUAUACCUAAAAAUACAA